AUGGCCGAACCCAUCCAGAAAAAGCGCCUUUUGCGUAUGACGGUAGCGCACUACCGCCAGCCCAACGUCAGUGAAGAAGAUUUCUAUAACUGGGUGACCGAACAGCAUGCCGCGCGUGCAGCGAAGCUCCAUGCCAAGAAUGGAAUCGAGGGAUUUUCAAUCUUCUUUGCCCCCAAGUCGUUCCGUGACUUCACGUCGGAACUCAACAACAUGCGUGGGAAUCCAUGGCGAAUUCGCGACUUUGAUGCACAAGUAGAGUUUUUGUUUCGAGACAUGGAAACUUUCUACAAAGGAGCGGCAGACGGGGAUUUCCAGGCGCUGCAGGCAGAAGAGGGUCCAUAUAUCAGCAGUGAGGGCGCAGAAAUCAGUAUCGGUUGGGUUGAAACGUACGUCAGUGGCGGUAAAGUAGUCAACAUCGACGAUGCUGGCAAGCCUACUUUCUCGGCCUUUGAGGAAAUGAGUAAAGCGCCAUAG